UUGAUUUUGCUUUCGCCCACCACCCGUUUUCUCACAACUCUUAAAUCUUAAUCUAUUCAUCAUCCAAUCAACGGUAAUAUUUUCCGAUUCCAAUAACUGGUUGCAUAGAGAAGAAGAAAGUUAUGGCAUUUAUGGAGACUAGAGAUCUCAACCUGGAUGCUACAGAGCUUCGGUUAGGCCUCCCGGGCACCGCCCGAGAAUCCGAGAAACAGACGCCAUCGCCACCCACUGCUAGAACCAGCAAAAGAGCACUGCCCGAUAUCAAUGAAGAUCAUCCUGGACCUAAAUGUAACGGCAGUUCUCAUUUAUCAGAUGCCAAAAAAUCCACCAAGGCACAGGUAGUGGGGUGGCCACCAGUUAGAUCUUACAGGAAAAAUUGCUUCCAAGUAAAGCAAGUGGAGUCUGAAGGUGCAGGAAUUUAUGUGAAAGUGAGCAUGGAUGGAGCUCCUUAUCUCAGAAAGAUUGAUUUAAACAUCUAUAAGGGCUACUCGGAGCUGCUCAAGGUCCUGGAAGAGAUGUUCAAGUUCAGAGCCGGAGAGUAUUCCGAGAGAGAAGGCUACAAUGGCUCCGAACAUUUACCCACUUACGAAGACAAAGACGGCGACUGGAUGUUGGUCGGAGAUGUGCCAUGGGAGAUGUUCAUCACUUCGUGCAAGAGGCUGAGGAUCAUGAAAGGAUCUGAAGCAAGCGGGUUGGGUGGUUGUGCUGGUUAAUUGAAAGUAAAAUCCCAUGAUCUACAGCCACUGACAUGUGAAUGUGAUAGAUGAGUUGAAACUACAGAAGAAAAUCCAUUGUCUUUUCAGCUGAGUCCUAUCUUUUUUGGAUUUUCUUCUUGGCUUGCAGAAGAAGGAACAGUUUCAAGGGGGAAAAAAGAACUCCCUGUUUUUUCCAGUUUCACAGAAGAAAAUCCAUUGGCUUGUUUUCUUGUAAUGGAAAGUGUACAAAAUGUACUUUUCACCAGUAUUUCCACAUACGAAUGAGAAAUUAUUGUUAUGAA